CGAAAUGAUAUUUGCCACAUACAGCUUUGACUUUUAACAAUACCCCCGUUUCCAGUGUUCCUCUUCUCUCCAACCCACUCUUCUCCAUUGCACUCGCCUCACUUCUUUAUAUUUGUUUCUAAGGAAAAUAAGAGGCAUCUAUAUUGCGUGAAUCCAGUCGAACGCCUUACGUCUCUCGAAUUCCUUCCCCUUCUUUUUAUAUAUUGCUACACACCUUUUAAUAUUUAUUUUGUGACUUUGUUGCGUCCUUCUCUUUUUGUUCUCUACAUUUUGCUGUGCCAUUUUUCAUUUUUCAUUAUUCAUCUAUUUCAUUUUUAUUAUCCAUAUACUCACACUCACAAGCCUAUCUCAACAAAAACAAUUUUACAGUAAUAAUGCAGCCAGCAUUGAGCUACAUCUCGGGGAAGUGGGUGUCGGGUUUAACCGAGUCAAGGGUGAUAAUGGCCAUUGCUGCGUCCUUGGUCCUGCCCAUUCCGUUUCUGACAACUCUCAAUAAAUGUGCAUUGAAUUAUCCGCUGGAUCGACUGCAUUAUGCGCUUUUCCAGCUCCUGUUCUGCGCAUUAGUGCCCGCCGCCGUGUGUGCUACCGGCACACAGACCAGAGAGUCUCUGCAACAUGCCAAAGCAGUUUAUCCCAACAGCACUGCAAAGCCCUUACAGCAGUCGCAAAUAGUUUAUCUGGAAACGCCGCCAGCCCAAUCAAACUCUAAUUCCAAUGCUGAUCCGUCGGCACCGCACAGAUACGCAGCAAAGUGCGCCGAGCUGGAGCGCACAUUCUUGGAUAUGGCGACCAAGGACGACAGCGAGGCGCCAGACAGUCCAUGGACACCACUGGUGUCGAUAAGCAAGCCGUACCCUAUAACUGUGCAGGGGCACGUCAGCAAGCCGUUCCGGUUCCGCGUAACAUUUUACGCGCCAACCGCACCAGCGACAGCAUUCGACCUGCUGGCAAACGUUCUCCUCAGGCCCAAGUGGGACGAGCUGACUGAGGCCACCGCGGUUAUUGAAAGGCUGGGACAGGGCGAUUCCAUACACUACCUCAAGAUGAAGGCCAUUUGGCCAACGGCCUCGCGCGACUCCGUCCUCCUCUCACACAUCACCUCGGUCCAGCACCUGGGAAAGGGCGACUUACCACAGCGCGCAUACCUCAAUGUCAGCCAGAGCAUCAUCGACGACCGUAUGCCCGAGAAGGACGCCCAGGGUAUUGUGCGUAUGGAGGCCGGUAUUGCUGGACAACUAGUCACAGAGGCUUCUCUAGAGGACAAGGCGCGACUCGGACUGGAGGAGGGCAGUUGGUGUCGCGUUGUACAAAUUGCUGACGGUGACCUGAAGGGGUGGAUUCCAAAGAGCGUUAUCAAGUUUGUUGCCACGCAGGCACUGCCCCGGUCGCUGACAAAGGUAUGCAAGCAGCUGGCCACGCUGCCGCCGAGCCUCGACUCGAAGCUGAUUGAUGAGCUGGGCCGAAAUCCAGAUCCUUCUUUUGCGUUGGCUGUAUUGCCGCCACCACCAGCAGCGUCAUCAUCAGCAAUGGCGCCAUCACCAGUAUUGCCAGCUGCGCAGAACCAGCUUCUGGCGAGGGCUGCUGCCAAAGGCAGCCGUGCGCAGUGGAUGGUUUGGCUCCGCAUCAUCAUGCGCUACGCCGCACCGUCCAUUAUUGCGGCAAUCACAUCGCUGAUAUUUAAUUUGAUCAUACAUCGGCGGCUGAAAAAAUAAAAAAGGGAUUUUGGAAUUUUCGAGAAUUUUCCCGAACCAAUCAAUUACUGCCUCAGUUCUAUUCUGUGCGCAUUGAGAAAAUUCUAGGCUGUUCGAUUUUGUACUCCCCCAAAUCCAUUUUUUGUUCGCUGUAUUUAAAAAUUAAAAAAGCUUGGCAGCUAUUUUUCUUUUCUUUCAUGGGGUAGAAUAAAACGUCAUC